AACACUCCAGUCUCUGACUACAAUAGUAAAGUACCUGUCGUAGCUGCAAAAACUUAUCAAUGAGAUAACUGGAUCAAAGAAUAAAAAUAAUGUGAUUAAAAUUGUGCCUGUGUAAGAAAAUGGGUGUUAAAGUCAAAUUAGUUUUUUUAGUUGUAUUAGCGUUUAGUGCUAGUGUUAUAGGACAAGAUUCUAUAGUUAAUGAUAAUGAAAACACUGUUAGUGAUGAUAAUGCGUUGGAAGCUGAGAUUCCAGAAAGUGACGUCACAGAAAAUAAAGAAAAUGAUGGCGCGGUAGAAUUGAUAGCGAACGUGGAACCGUUAGAAGUAAAGAGUGGAAAAUAUCAAUUAUCUGAUGACACCCUAGUGGGUGAUACUCCUAUUAAUUUAGAAGCAAUCGAUUUCGGAUCAAGCGAUGUACAAAAUGAGCGACAAAUGAUAUCUUCGCCCGGUACUACAUCAGUUACAAAUACUGAGUAUGCUCACAUCGAUGGCAGAGUGCUGCCUUCAACGAAUUACCAAAACAAUGGGCAGUCUUACGUCAUCACCCCACAACGACUUGCACAGAUUCGAGGAAACUUUAUGUACUGGUUCUACGAUCAAGGAGGUAGUGAAAAUAUCGGUGAUUACCAGAGAGAUAUCCACACUUCUACUCCUCAAAUACACAAGAACUUCAAUUUUCAACUUCCGUUCUUUGGAUUUCGUUUCAAUUAUACACGACUGUCUAUGAAUGGGUACAUUUACUUCAGCGAUCCGCCAGACCACUACACCUACCCCCUCUCGUUCCCCGUGCGAGACUGGCCCAAUGUCAACGACCCCUCCUUCAUCGGUAUCUUCUUCAGCAAGUGCCGUAUCGGAAGUCAAAGGCCUGAAGAUCCUGAUCAAAGAAGACCUGGUGUCUAUUUCAGAAUGGAUAGAGAUCUUCAAACUCGAACGGACCAGCUCGGUGUUGAGAUGCGUGAACGUAUCACUUGGGAUAUUCGCGAAGGUGUUAUUGGUUCCGAAACCUUUUUCCCGAAACACGUUGUCACUAUAACGUGGAAAAAUAUGUCCUUUGCUGGUGGUAUCGACAAUUCUCUAUUUAUGACAAAUACUUUCCAAAUGGUACUUGCAACGGAUGAAGUAUUCACAUACGCGAUUUUUAACUAUCUCGAAAUAAACUGGAGCUCUCAUACAGAGGCUGGUGGUGAUACCACUACUGGAGAAGGUGGUGUACCAGCUUAUAUUGGUUUUAACGCUGGAAACGGUACACAAAGCUAUGAAUAUAAACCUUAUUCUCAAGCAUCAGUACUUAGAGACUUGACUGGAAGAGGUUGGGCUAACGGCUUCCCAGGACGACAUAUAUUCCGAAUAGACGAGAAAAUACUCAUGGGCACUUGCAAUAAAGAUAUUGAUGGAGCAAAUCUUCCACUUAUGUUUGCACCUGAAAGUGGUAAUAUGCUCGGUGGUACAAUCGUCAACAUCACCGGUCCAUGUUUUCAACCGAAUGAUCGUAUAACAUGUAGAUUUGACACAGAAUCCGUCGUAGGAGCAGUUGUAGACUCUAAUAGAGCUAUUUGUGUUCAGCCACGUUUCUGGCACAAUGGUUACGCCAGAUUUGAAAUCGCUAUUAACAAUGAGCCUUAUAAGUGGAAAGGAAAAUUCUUCGUAGAAACCCCCGCAACUGCAACAGAAAAAAUAUUCUUCCCAGACAAUGCGAUCCAUGAAAGAUAUCCACCUGAAAUAAGAAUAACAUGGGACCGGUUCAAUUUGACCACCAACCUCAACGUCCAGCUACAGAUCAGUUUAUGGGGAUACAAAGAGAUUACAAUCAGACCACAGCUAGAAUUCAUUGAUAUGAUUGAAAUGGGUGUGGCUAAUACAGGAGAAUACGUGAUCAAUCCACAAAACUUCCGUAACAGGGAUAAUAUUAUGCACAAUGACAUGCAGUUUGGAUUCCUCCAAAUUAACUUAACGACUCCUGAAGUAUUUAAAAACGUUCAUAUAUCUCCAGUUCUAUGGAGUCGACCGAUUCCCCUCGGCUGGUACUUCGCUCCACAGUGGGAAAGGAUUCACGGACAGCGUUGGCCGCAGACAAUGUGCAACAACUGGCUUCGAUCGGACCGUUUCUUGAAGAACUUUGCAGCUCAAGUCUGGGUGUGUCCUUGUACAUUAGAACAUGCAUUGCUGGACAAAGGACGUUUCAUGCCUGACCUGAACUGCGAUAAAGAUAUAAACCCUACAUGUAGGUAUCACUGGGGAGGUAUACAUUGCGUCAGAAGCGGUGCUCCGAGCUCGGAGGGAUCAGGCCAACAAUGUUGCUAUGAUAAGAAUGGGUUCCUCAUGUUGUCUUAUGAUCAGAUGUGGGGUUCAAGACCUCACCGUUCUCACGACUUUGGAUUUACUCCUUACAAUGAAGCUAACAAGGUACCAUCUUUAUCCCAUUGGUUCCACGAUAUGAUCCCAUUCUAUCAAUGUUGCAUGUGGCAAGAAGAACAGGCUGUUGGGUGUGAGACAUUCAGGUUCGAGCGGCGUCCAUCCCAAGACUGCGUUGCUUAUCAAUCUCCAGGAGUUGCUGGUAUAUUUGGCGAUCCCCACUUCGUUACUUUCGAUGGCCUCCAAUACACAUUCAAUGGGAGAGGAGAAUACGUUUUGGUGAGAGUGGAUCAGCCUCAAAUCAAACUCGACGUUCAAGGACGUUUUGAACAAGUCCCCAGAAACAUUCAUGGACAAGUUAACGCGACGAUUCUUACUUCUAUUGUAGCCGCCUCAAACAACUCAGUUCCGAUCGAAGUAAGGCUACGACCACAGCAUGCACAGUGGAGAUAUCGACUGGAUGUAUUCGCAGAUAACAAAAGAAUUUACUUCGAUCGAACUGCUCUUCGAGUGCAGUACUUCCCCGGUGUGACAGUUUAUCAGCCGAUGUAUAUCCUUAAUCAGUCCGAAAUCGUUAUCAUGUUCACGUCUGGUGCUGGAAUCGAAGUGAUUGAAAAUAAGGGAUUUAUGAGUGCCCGAGUAUUCCUACCUUGGACAUACAUGAAUCAAACUCGCGGUCUUUUCGGCAACUGGUCAUUGGAUGUGAAUGACGACUUUACACGGCCAGAUGGUACAAUCUCAGCAGUAGACGUGAACAACUUCCAGACAGCACACAGAGAAUUUGGACAACACUGGCAACUUAGCGAUCGAGAACAGAAAGAUAUAGGCGUAGCCUUAUUCGUAAGAGAGUAUGGUCGAACUGCAGCUUACUACAACGAUAAUCAAUUCGUGCCGAACUUUAUACGAGAACCGGCAGACUUUCUGCCUGCCAAUAGAUCGCAGGAUGUUGCGAGAGCUAUGGAAAUAUGCCAAGAUUCGUACCAAUGUCGAUAUGAUUUCGGUAUGACCCUUAAUAGAGAUAUGGCGGAAUUCACAAAGAAUUAUCUUUCUUCAAUUACAAAUAUAAGAGAACAAAAUGCUCGUCGUGUGAUCAGUUGUGGUAUCUUGGAGACGCCUCGUUUUGGCCGCAAAAGUAACUUCUUCUUUACCCCAGGAACCAGGGUCAACUUCGAAUGUAACCAAGGUUUCAAUCUGGUCGGUGAUAAGCGACGUAUUUGUGAGGAUAACGGCAGAUGGAACCUACCUGACUACGGUUACACUGAGUGCUUACGUACUCAGGAGUAUUCACAGCGCGCCUUGUUCUUGACUGGGGGUGUCAUAGUGGCAGUUAUUGUACCUUUAGCUCUCCUGAUUUGCCUGCUUUGGUUCUGGUGUUGGUAUAAGCCGAAGUCCGAAGGCAAAGAAGGAUUCCGCUUUGAAGACAUACCGCGAUCAAAAUCAGCCUCUCGGCUUAAUCUUAGAUCUGCUUCAAUGGGAAACAUUACAGAUACUAUGAAAUCCUCUACUUUACGUAGCCAAGAUUCUGAUGUAAAGCCGAAAUUACCUGAUAGUCCUACAGAAGAAACACCAAUUAAACCCAUUUCGUCUCUCAUGAGAUCUGCACCCCCACCCCCUUCUGAACCACAAGAUGGUGAUAGCUCUGGAUUAGGCUAUACAGAUUCAAAUAGAAGCGAUUCUGGUAAAUCUGAUAAACCAAAGAAACGCCGUGCGUAUGAUAAAACGUAUAGAACAAAUGAACCUUUACCUAAUGCUCCUGAUGUAGAAUUCCCUGAAAAGCUUUGGGAUUUAUCAGAGGAAGACUUGUUGUCUUUAACAACUCCAUCAGAAUCUGAAUCCAAUCGAGAUUCAACUCUAACUCGACCUGCGAAUGAUAUAAAAUAUCUUAGCAAACCACGCCAAACAGGUCGUCAUGCUCUCCCUCUUCCUGGUCCCAGUGAUUCUGGUUAUUCCACCAAAGACGGCUCCGAAGACCCAUACGCGACAAAAUAUGGAGGACAAUACAGUCCGAUUCCGUCCCAAUAUUCACCUACUUAUUCUGAAAUAUAUUCUCCACCAAUAAGUCCAACGUCUGAUAUCAGUCCAAGAAAUACUUAUAAUAAUCCAGGCUUACCAGAGCCACCUAAAAGCGCUCCCCCAACUGAAAUUAAAACAUUUACCAUGCCCCCCCAAAGAGGAAAGCAAGAAUAUUCCGCCAGAACAUUAGGAGCAACAUGGGGUAUUAUCAGCGCAGUUAUGCUGCCUAUCAUGGUGGUACUCAUUUGUAUUGGCUGGCGUAUCUUGAAGAAGAGAAAAGAAGAAGAAAACGAGGAGAGCGACUUUUUACCAAUAAAGACGCGUUCCAUUGAUCCAGAUGAUAUCAAAAUAAAUUCCGACGAUGAGUCAAUUCCAUACAAAAAGGAUGUAUCGGAAGAUAGUCCAGAACCAACUGAACCAGUUAAAGUGGAAGACGUAGCAAACGACAACAACUCAUACCCCUACGGCCAGUACAACGACUCGGAGCCAACGCCACAGCAAUACCAGCAACCACAACAAUACCAACAGCCGCAGCAAUUUGAACAACCGCAACAGCAGCAACAACAACAACCGCAGUCAAGUAGGCCAUGGGCUGGCGAAACAGAAAUAAAUUAAUAUUUUUUUCUCUAUAUUAUAAUUAUUAUUUUAAUAGUUACUUGCUCUUAAUAACUUAAGUUGUAAUCUCUGUCUAAAACGAAUAUUAAAUACACAGGAACUUUUUCAAAUAGGAAUUUUCUUUGUACGACAAUUUUGAAGAAAGCAGUAUAUAUUGUUUUACCAGCUUCAAAAUAUGCUCCAAAUAGUAUAUAUAAUUAUACAUACCAUUUACGGUUGAGCGGAAUGGGUAAAAUUUGACCCACGCAUCGUUAAGAAAUAAAUAUUUCAGAUAUAAUUUGAUAAAGUAUAACAUUAUUAUUUCUUCUACUUGUUAAUUGCAAGCAUUAACUAAUUAUAUAUUAAUAAAUAGAGCUAUAAUAAUAUUUAUAAGAGAGAAUAAGUGUUUUUUCAUAACUUAUAAAACUAAUGUUAAGAAAACGUUGUCAUACAAAUGACUACAAUAUUCGCUGUAGAUGUUAUAGUCAAAAUGUCCCACCUUGUUAAAUAUGUUAUUAGAUAGUCAUUGAAUUUGAUAUAAAAUAUUGUAAACAAUAGUCAUGACAAUAAACUUUCCUACUAACAAAUUCAUUUUUAAUUUAAUUCUUGAGCGUUUCUUGAAGUUGAGAAGUGCCAUUUAGUUUUUACAAUUCCUUCGGUUUUAAUAUUUUGGCAAUUGUGUACUUUGUUUUUACUUGAAAUAAAUAUUAAUUUCACA